AUGCCUUGCUCUAUUCGUCUCUUGUUCCUGUCUCUCACCGUCAGAGCAAACACACCUCGCCAUAUCACCUCCAAACAGCUCGACCUCUCCACCUCCUCGCUUUCCUCAGUCUUUCCUGUCAAGCACCCGACGUCUCUAUCGACCUCCAUCCUUACUCGGGAUUCAAUUCGGUUCGUCUUCACGGACAAUCGCGUUCACCCUCGCUCCACGCCAUCGACAUCCGGCUCACCAAGUCCCUCAAGGCUUGACUGUGCUGCGAUCGGUUCCGCGAACACUCUCUCCCUCGGCCAUCACAACGUUGCAGGGUUUUUCAAUCGACCACCCCAGCGGACCAUCUAG